GACUGACAUCUUUGCAAUGCAGUGAUCUCAGCUAGUUUUUUUUUUGCUAAUUUCAUGGUCAUUCUGACAACUAUUUCAUAGGCCGUGACGAAAAAAUCUCUAUACAACAUAACAAAGAAACGAUUUACAGAAUUAAGCUAAAUUUUAAAAAUAGUGAUAAACGGUUGUUCGUGUGAUAUUAUACAUCAAGUACAAAAGAAUAAAACAUUAUUACUUAGAAAUAAUUGUGUGCGAUCAAAAUGUCAACGCCAGCUAGAAGACGUCUUAUGAGGGAUUUUAAACGCUUACAAGAGGACCCACCCACUGGUGUUUCUGGAGCUCCUACUGACAAUAAUAUCAUGAUCUGGAAUGCUGUGAUAUUUGGUCCCCAUGAUACUCCUUUUGAAGAUGGGACCUUUAAAUUAACUAUAGAAUUUACUGAGGAAUAUCCUAAUAAACCUCCAACAGUGCGAUUUGUAUCCAAAAUGUUCCAUCCAAAUGUGUAUGCUGAUGGUGGGAUUUGUUUAGACAUUUUGCAAAAUAGAUGGAGUCCUACAUAUGAUGUCUCUGCAAUUUUAACCUCAAUACAGUCAUUGUUAAGUGAUCCUAACCCCAACUCACCAGCAAAUUCGAUGGCGGCCCAGUUGUACAAGGAAAACCGCAGAGAAUAUGAGAAGCGUGUUAAAGCUUGUGUAGAACAAUCAUUUAUUGAUUAGCAGGGCUUGUGUGGGGUUGACAACAAUGUUGUAUGCAUGAUUUGCACUGCCCAUGGCAUUGGCCACCAAUAUAAUUCAUUGGGACGAUUGUGUAAAUUAAAAAUUAUAAUACCAUAUACAGACCUGCCUUUGUAUAUUGGCAGCACGGGACAUAAAAAAGAUUUUGGUAAACCAAGUAUAUUAAGGAUUUUAUUUUUAUUUUGUUGGUAGUAGUGUUUUAAUAAUCUGUAUCAAAAUAUGUUCAACUUGGAUUACCAUGUGCAAAUAGCAAAUAAUAGGCUAAUAACAUGUUUAACAUUAAUAAAAAUAGCAGUUUGUUUUAUUUUAUAAAUUGAAUUAUUUAUUUUUUAUAUUGUCAACAUUCUUCAUAUUUCACUGUUUCAGCAUUAUACUAAUUUCAGUUAAAUUUUUGUGUUAAAAUAUAAAUUAAUUGAAUAUACUAAAAUGUUUUCUUAGGUCAUCCAUUUACAUUCUACAAUAUGCGUUAAAAUUAAUCCUUGCCUAUGCUUUGAUAAUAUAGCUGUAGAGUAGUUACCUUAUAUUUUCUUUUAUAGUUAACAAAAGAACCUCGAUUGGGCUUGUGAACGAUUUUAUAAUGAACUUUAGAUUGGAAUAAAAUAUUCAGUGAACUCCGUAAGAAAGACUCAUGUGAACGCAAAAAGUACAAUUUUUUAUAAAAUGUUAACAUUUACAAAAUACACUCUUAAAUAUUAAUGCUGUAUUAUUGGUCCAUUAUCACGUCUGCACAAAUCAUUUAUAAUUUCACUGCACUUUGAAUGUCCCAAUGUUAUAUUUUCUAAAGGGUUGUAUAGCUAUUUUGUUUUCUCAUUAAGCUAUGAUUUAGCAAUGUUUCAUGAUCAUUUUUACAUAGGUAUAUGUAAUAUUUUGUCUUCUAGUAAAAUAUUAUUUUCGGUUUGA